ACUCAUCGUCAUGCGCAUGCAUAACCUUCAUGGAACAGAGAAAGAAAAAGAGGGGGAAGAAAGCAGCGAUGAAGAAAGUGAAGAUGAGGAGGAGGAUGAAGAUAAGAAGCCACAGAUGGAACUGGCCAUGAUGCCUCACUAUGGAGGGAUAAACAGAGUCCGAGUGACUCAACGCGGAGCGCAGUCAUUGGCUGCUGUCUGGUCAGAGAAGGGACAGGUAGAAAUAUUUGACCUCCAAUCUCAGCUGGAAGCCGUGCACAGCUCUGCCGCUAUGGCAACUUUCGUCAAGCAGCAGAAGGAAGCCACGGCUCUCUUCAGCUUCUCAGGUCACAUGACUGAAGGCUUUGCGAUUGAUUGGUCACCUACAGUACCUGGUCGUCUUGUCAGUGGAGACUGCAAAAAGAACAUCCAUGUGUGGGAGCCCCGAGAGGGAGGGACUUCAUGGCAGAUUGACCAACGACCUUUCAGCUCCCACAGCAAGUCUGUUGAAGAUCUGCAGUGGUCACCCACCGAAGCCACGGUUUUUGCAUCUUGUUCGGUGGAUCAGUCUAUUCGUAUCUGGGACAUCCGUGCCCCACCCAAUUCAAUGCUUUCAGCCAGUGAAGCUCACUCAUCAGACGUCAAUGUGAUCAGCUGGAACAGGACCGAACCAUUCAUCCUGUCAGGAGGGGACGACGGGCUUCUGAAAGUAUGGGACCUGCGACAGUUUAAGACCGGGCGGCCUGUGGCAAACUUCAAGCAGCACAGCGCUCCAGUCACGUCCGUGGAGUGGAGCCCUGUGGACUCGAGUGUGUUCGCUGCCUCGGCGGCGGACGACGUCAUCAGCCAGUGGGAUCUGUCUGUGGAGUCAUGUGAUGUGGGUGCCAGGGUGGAGGGGGUGAAGGACUUGCCCCCUCAACUUCUGUUCCUGCACCAGGGUCAGUCAGAGAUCAAGGAGCUCCACUGGCACCCACAGAUACCUGGUGUGAUGAUCUCCACAGCUCUGUCAGGAUUCAAUGUGUUCAGGACAAUAUCUGUGUAGCGUGUGUGUGUGUGUGUGUGUGUGUGUGUGUUUGAAGAAGAGAAACACAUGAUUUUUGCAUUUACAGGAGUUGUGUAAUGCGCAGUAAAUCCCAAUAUGUUUGAUAAUGUACAUAACUCAGCUGUGAUCUUUUGGACAUUUAUUGGCCAACAUAGGCGCCAUAUGGUGUUACAAUCUUCACUGUUGAACUUUAGUCUGUAUUUUUUACAGAUGUAUGAACUAUUUUAGGCAUUUCCUAUUGCAUGCUUAAAAUAAAAUGUUUAAAACAA